AUGAGUUAUAAAGCUUACUCAAAUUACGAACAUCCUCAACCUCCACCUCCGGAAUACCCAACACAAUAUCCGCCACCGCCACCUCCAGAAUCUAAUAGUUAUUACAAAAGUGAUGCCAGUAUAGCUAGUUCAGCUUUACCAUAUCGUCGUACACCGCCUUCUUGGUUGAAAACUACUCCCGAUGAUGUGUGUGAACAAAUUUUUAAACUUGCAAAAAAGGGCAUGACACCUUCACAAAUUGGUGUUGUACUUCGUGACUCUCAUGGUAUUGCUCAAGUUAAAAAUGUUACAGGAAAUAAAAUACUUCGUAUCUUAAAAUCAAAUGAGGAUUUAUAUCAUUUGAUUAAAAAGGCAGUUGCAGUUCGUAAACAUUUAGAACGUAAUCGUAAGGACAAAGAUGCCAAAUUUCGUUUAAUUCUUAUUGAAUCAAGGAUUCACCGUCUCUCCAGAUAUUAUAAACUUGCUGGUCAACUUCCUCCAAAUUGGAAAUAUGAAUCUUCAACUGCAAGUGCAUUAGUUGCUUAA